CAACAUUCAGCAUUUCUCAUCAGAGAGAAAGUGGGAAGAAGCCAUAUAUCACUCAAGAACAUUCUGUCCUUGCAAACAAAGCCCUUCUUCUGUUUUCAUUUUUUAGGAUGAAAAUCAUGAAGAUUCCUUUCUGACGCUUCGCGGAUCUGAGAGUCGUUUUCCGCAUCCUCGGUGGUGCGCCCACCUGGGCUCACCUCAGCUUUCUUCUUCUCUGCCAAAUCAUCUCCGUCUUUCGCUUCAUCUUCCUUUCUCUUAAUAUCGCCUUUUCCGACUUCAAUUUCAAAAACCCUAAAAUGUCUACUGUGUUUUCUCCUACCCAAUGUCUAGCCCUGAAUCUUCGACCAAUCUUCUUAUCCAGAAUCAUCAAUUUGGCAGUUCGUAGUUUCUUUUUCUUGCAAUUUUACUCGAGUUACGUCGGCUCUUGAAAUCGAUGGACACCUCACCUGUGGAAAUCUAAAGUGCUGAAGUAUUAAAGCUUGGGUUUGGAUGAUCUGCAUAUUCAUCAAUUACAGGAUGAAUUGCUGGAUUUUGAAGUGUUUUGCAGAGAAGAUCAUCCAUCUCCAUUAUCCCUUUGUGUUUUUGGAGUUUGGUGCCUAAAGUGUGAUGAUUGUGGAUCUAAUUUUCAAAUUGAUUUUACGGUUUAGGUGUUCUGAUGCUUUUGGUUGGUUUUGCCAAGUUUAUCUUGGUUUGGAGAAUUCUGUUACCUUUGUUUAUGGCUUAGUUAGUACGGUAAAAAGCAGAAAUAAUCUAAAAAUAUUGCUAUGUUAUGUCACUGGUUUUAUCUCCAUUUUUGCUUUGUUAAGAGAAGAGGAUGAUAUGAACAGAGGCACUGACGUAAUGAUCAAGGGGUAGGUGGUAUGGAGUAGGCCAUUGAAAGGGAAGUUGGUUGUGGGAGAAGUUCUUCAACGAGAAGUUGCUCGCUUUCCUCUCUUAUGGAUCUGCUUUUUCAAGCACUAUCAGGGGGUACUGUUAUUCAAGGGUCCCGAUCAAACCUCUCUGUCUCAUUGUAAGACUUUUGUAAUGUUUAAAUGUUAGUACUAAGUUUGUUUUCGGCCAAAAAUAAGAAUAUUAAUCAGAUCCGUUCCUUUCCCAUUGCAAAACAUGUUCUUGUGGAGCAGAAAGUAGCAUGGUACACACAAUGGUGGAUUUUAUUUUUGGCUGAUGGCAUGGAAUUAUUCUAUCCUUGUGUAAAAUGAUGCAGCUAUUCUAUUAUAUCUUUAUAUCAGCGUGUAUGUUUAGGCAAUAGCGCAGAUGAUUAGAAGAUAAGUAGCUUCACCAAGCACAAGAUGAUUCUGAUUCUGGUGUGAUUUCUAGUUGCAAACAAAUGGAAGAGAAGUAGAUAAUUCAGUGUGUUAUUGGAGGUCCUCAAUUUUAAUGAGUUGGGAAGAAGUAUUGCAUCUCAGAUAUGUUCCUUGAAGCAAAACUGUCACCGGUAGAUCUCAAAACCAAUUUGGUAUAAGUUAGCUAAUGAAUCCAUAAAGACAUCCUUGGGUAGAAUUAUAUACCUCUCAGAAUUGGGAAACUAAGCAAUUAUUUGAAUGCUCUAGAGAAAUUAUUUCAAUUGGUUAUGCAGGACGAGUAACUCACUUCAUGCAUUAAGGGAUGUACAUACUGCAACAACAGGCAGCUUAAGACGAAGGUACUUUGACUGCAGAGAAUCAUUGAGUAACAAUUGUGAGCUUGGAGUGUUUUUCAUUUUUUCUUCAAAUUGCUUUAGGUUUUAGAUACAGUUUGGCUUGAAUUGAGGGCGUAGAUCUGCUUCUGUUUCUAAUUUGCUUGGCCUAACUAAUUGGAUCAUGUGUCUACUUUUUGCAAUUUCUUCCAUCGAAUUUGCAGGAAAUAUUCAUUAGACACUCUGAUUGCAAAGAAAUAGGCUUGCAAUUAAGCAAAUCUGCUGCUAUUUGUAAUUCGUUUGGUUUAAUUUGGUCAUCCUCAUCAAUUCCUUCAAUUUCAUCCAUUAAACCUAAAGGUAUACC